CAAAUUCAGUGGUAUGCCACAUUGACAUGGUGAUUGCUGAUUGGUUAGCUACUACUGACACUUCUGCUUUUUUUCUCUUUUCUUUUUUCCCUUCAACGUGAGAACCACCACUCCUUUCGCGCGAAAAUACCUCCCCACCAUGAGCACAUAAUUAGGUGGUACCCAAUUCCUUUCUUGCAUGUCUUUUCCAGAAAAAUUAAAAAAAAAAUCUGUACUUUUUCAUUUUUUUGCCUUGGAAAAUGUUCUGUCUUCUAUAUGUUAAUACAUUCUAAAUCUGUAAUUUUUCCUUUUUUUUCUUCGAAAAUGUUCUGUCUUCCUACUAUAUGUUAAUGCUUUCUAUGUGUUCAAUCCUUGUUGAGAAAGAAAUAUAUAGAGAGAGAGAAAGAAAUAUAUAUAUAUAUAUAUAUAUAGAGGGGUUCCAUGUUUGUUUGGCUAGAGAGAAAAAUUAGAGGAUCAGUUUGGAGAGAUGUUGCAUAGAGCUGCACAGAAUGCAUAUUCAUGGUGGUGGGCAAGCCAUAUCAGGACAAAGCAAUCCAAAUGGCUGGAACAAAGCCUCCAGGAUAUGGAGGAGAAGGUGCAAGAUGUGCUCAAACUCAUUGAACAGGAUGGAGACUCCUUUGCCAAGAGGGCAGAAAUGUACUACAAAAGAAGGCCAGAGCUAAUUAGCUUCGUGGAAGAAACUUUCCGAGCUUACCGAGCCUUAGCUGAUAGGUAUGACCUCUUAUCGAAAGAUUUGCAAAAUGCUAACACCACCAUUGCUACCGUUUUUCCUGAGCAAGUACAGUUUGCAAUGGAUGACGAAGAAGAAUGUGGUGGUCCUAUAAAACCAAAGAAUUCUUCACAAGUCCCACCAAAGAAUGUCCCGGCAGUGCCUAAGGUUCCAAAUAAAGAGUUAAGGGGUCUCAUAAAAUCAGCCACAAGGCAAAUGCAAUCUAAGAAGUCAUCAAAAACAGUUCCGAAGUCCGGUUUGAGCAAAUCAGAGGCAGUUGAAGAGAUUGACAAUUCUCAGAAAGAAAUUUUGGCCCUACAAACUGAGAAGGAGUUUAUCAAGAGCUCUUAUGAAAAUGGACUUGCAAAGUUCAAGGAAAUAGAGAAACGCAUCACAGAGAAACAAAUGAGGGUUUUCAGCUUGCAAGAUGAAUUUGGUGUGGCCAGGGCCAUUGAAGAUGACGAGGCUCGGACUUUGAUGGCAGAAUCGGCUUUGAAAUCAUGCCAAAAAAGCUUGGCUACUUUGGAAGUGAAACAAGAGAAUACAACAAAGGAUGCAAAAGCAGAGUCCAAGAGGAUUGAGGAUGCUCACGAGAAACUAAAGAUCCUCAGGAAGAAGUUUCUUCCCGAUCAAACUGAUCAAGAAAAGCAAUCAGACAAGUUUGAAGCUGUGAAAGUGGAAACAAAGUCACAAAGCUUAAACCAAGAAGGCAGUGUGACAAAAGAGCGACGGGAAACGGAGGUAAAACAGGAGAAGAUUAAGGACCACUUAGAGGUGGGGUCCUACUCCUCUCUCACGGUGGAAGAAAUGGCAGAGAAGAUCGAUCAGCUUGUGAAUAAGGUUAUUAGCCUAGAAAAUGCGGUUUCGUCUCAAACUGCUCUUAUGAACAGAUUAAGAACAGAAACCGAUGAUCUUCAUGCACAAAUUCGGAUUUUGGAAGAUGGUAAGGCAACUCUCAUUUAUGGCACGGACAAUGUGAGCAACACGCUGACGGAAAUGGAGGAAAAGUUGAAUGGGAUUCAGGAUCUAAACCGGAACGUUGAAUGCCAAAACAACAACCUCCAAACACAAUUUACUGAAACUCGUUGCAGCUUUGAUCACCUGUCUGAGAAAUUGCAUAGUGUGAAGCCUGAUGAAGAGGUUGGGAUUACAGAUUCAGUACAAGAAAAGAAUGGGCCCCUUGUUGAAGUCAAAUCACCAAAGAUGUUGGAAAAACAAGAUAUGCCAAGUCCUAGUGAUGGUUGCGUGGACUCCAGAGAUUUGAAACCAGAAGUGGGAGAGGAUAAAGGAGAUUUGAAACCAGAAGUGAGAGAGGAUAAAAGAGAUUUGAAGCCAGAAGUGGGAGAGGAUACAAAAGAACAGGUCCCGAGUACACCUGUUAAAGAUGAAGGAGAAGAGGAAGAAGAAAAAGUUAUUCAUUCCUGCUCAAGCAUCGACAUUGAGUCUGUUUCCCAGGAACAGCAAGUUUCAAAAUCAUCAGAAGAAGUUGAUAAGCACGGUAUCUCUCAUACAUCUGGUAAUGUUAACGCUAAACCAUGGGAUGCACCACAGGAAGCAGCAGACUCAGACUGGCAGCAGAUGCUUUUGGAGGGGGUGGAGGAUAAAGAGAAGAUUCUGAUGACAGAAUAUGCUACGAUGCUCAGGAAUUAUAAAGAAGCUAAGAAGAAGAUCAGUGAAGCAGAGAAGAAAAAUCGGGAUAGUGUCUUUGCAAUGGCGGUGCAGCUAAGACAACUAAAGAGUACUAUUGCAAAGAGGGAUGAAGAGAUUCAAAGUUUACGUCAGAAACUGAACCUUGUUGAAGCAAGUUUCGAUGGAAGUAAGGAUUUGAAAGAUGAUAAGAGAACAGUUUCUGAUUUGUCAAUUGAUCAAACCACUGAAAUUUCACAAACUCCUUUGGAAAAGAAGGAAGAAGACGAAGACAUCAAUUUGAUUGUGAAUGAUGAAGAUCAAGCCAUGUCACCAAUUGAAGAGAAGCUUAGAAAGAGCAUCGAUGAAAUCCUUGAAGAGAACCUUGAUUUCUGGUUAAGAUUCAGCACUUCAUUCCAUCAGAUACAGAAAUUCAAGACUGAGGUCCAAGAUUUACAAGAUGAAAUAUCAAAAAUUAAGGAAAAAGAAAAGUCAAAGCAAGAGGGAAGUACUAAGGCGGACCUAAGGUCAGAUGUUCGGCCAAUAUAUAAGCACCUGAGAGAGAUACGGACUGAACUAACAGUCUGGCUAGAACACAGCGGAUCACUGAAAGAUGAAUUGCAGCACAGAAUCGCGUCUAUAUGCAACAUUCUAGACGAAAUAACAGAAGCUUUGAACGAGGGUGUGGAAGAAGAAGACAUGAAGUUCACUAGUUACCAAGCUGCAAAGUUCCAAGGUGAGGUAAUGAACAUGAAACAGGAGAAUGACAAGGUUAGCGAUGAAUUGCAAGCUGGUUUAGAUCAUGUAACUGCACUUCAGCUUGAAAUCGAGAAGACCCUAGAAAAGCUGAACAAGCAAUUCGGGCUUAAUGAAUCAAAAAAUCAGAAUCAACCACAGUUGGAACAGUCAACAAGUCGGCCUAAGGUCCCUUUAAGUUCGUUUAUCUUUGGGGUCAAACCAAAGAAGCAGAAGCAUUCAUUCUUCCAUAGUAUGAAUUAUAAAAAAUCCCAUGAACAGAAAAAUGGAUCCCCAAUGUAAAAAUUGUUUAAUUUCAUCUUAUUCAAUUUUUAUGUUCCAUUUCUUUGAUUCUUAUGGAUGGUGUGUAGGUAGAUGCCAAAGGUUCUUUUCAUGUUCAGAUCUGAAGCAGUAAAUGUAUGUUUGUCGCGUACUAUAGACUAGGAAAUGUGUGUUUAUUGUGUAUUGUAGACCGUUUGGAUUUCAAAAUUAAAACGACGGUGGUCUUGCCGCCAUUUUGAGUUGCA